CUCUCAAUAACCGCAUCGUGUGCUCUCUUCCUGACGGAAUGGUUGUGUUGGGAAGACUGGAAGAGACGUGGGAAACGCGGAGAAGCAGACGAAGGCUUGCUGGCCUAGGAACCAUCAUCCGCAGCUCCGCGCGUUUCCCUCCGGGCCGUGAUGCGAAGCGGCCCCGGGUCCUGGCGGAAGAGCGGAGCCGCCCCUCGGGAGCAUGGCGAGUUUGUCUAGGGCGCCGCAGCAAUGGGCCACUUUUGCCCGAGUUUGGUAUCUCCUAGAUGGGAAGAUGCAGCCCCCUGGCAAGCUUGCUGCCCUGGCAUCAGUUAGACUUCAAGGAUUGCAUAAGCCUGUGUACCAUCAACUGAGUGACUGUGGGGAUCAUGUUGUCAUCAUGAACACAAGGCACAUUGCCUUUUCUGGAAACAAGUGGGAGCAAAAAGUGUACUCCUCACAUACUGGCUACCCAGGUGGAUUUAAACAAGUAACAGCUGCUCAGCUUCACCGGAAGGAUCCAGUAGCAAUUGUAAAACUAGCUAUUUAUGGCAUGCUGCCAAAAAACCUUCACAGAAGAACUCUGAUGCAGAGGUUGCACCUUUUCCCAGAUGAAAAGGAAGAGCUCUUCUUGAGAGAAGAACGUCAUCUAAACCGUGUGGAAAACCACACUGAGUUAGAAACGCCACCGGCAUCAGUGUGUCGUGUACCCAUUGGGUUAGACGCUGUAGAGCAGGGUAUUCACAGAGCUUCAGAACAUGCCACAGAGAACUAUCUAAAAAGGGAGAAGAGUCUUCUACGUUAAAGCCAUCUGGCCAACCACCACCUCUAACCAAGACAUUAAAUUUGUCAUCAGUAUGGGAUAAACUGAUGUUGUACGCCUCCUGCUUCGAAUGAGGCACUGAAGACCCAACAUAAACUAUAUAGUGUCCUGCCAGAAAUGUUUAUCCUGAAUCUGAUCAUGAGGAAACAGUUCUACAAAUCCAAAGGAAAGAGGAUAUUCUGCAACACAGUUGGACUGGCCGCUUCAAAAAUUAAUUUCUUAAGAGACAGAUAAACCAAGGAAUGUCUUCCAAUCGAAGCUAAAGAAUGCAUUAUGUAUAUUAACAUAAUAACAUAAUAGUUUUAGCAUGUGACACUUGACCUUGGAUUAGAAAAAGAAAGCUCCAUAAGACUUCAUUAGACCACUUUGGGAAAUUUGAACGUAUACUCUGUGUGUGUGUGUGUGUGUGUGUGUGUGUGUGUGUGUAUAUACACACACUGUAUAUUAGGUUAAAAGAUGUUCAUCAAUGUUAGUUUUCCUGAACAUGAAUUUGUAAUGUGGUUACAUCAGGAACAAUUCUUAUAUUUAGAAGAUAUAUAUGCUGGAAUAUUUAGGGAUGAAAUAUUGGCAGACAACUCUCAAAUGGUACAGUCAAAGAGUGUUUGGUGUAUAUGUGCUUAUGAAUAGAUAGAAAGCAAUCGUGUUAUAUUUUAACAAUUAGUGAAUUUAGGUGAAGGCUUCAUGAAUUCACUCAUUUUCACAACUUUUCUAUAGAUUAGAAAUUCUCUUAAAAAUUGCAUAAACUGGGACUCCCCUGGCAGCCCGGAGGUUAGGACUCGGCUUCCACUGCCCAGAGCCCGGGUUCGAGAGCUCAGCUCCAGAGCCCAGAGUCCCAGAUCGAUCCCCACUUGGGGAACUGAGAUCCUGCUGGCUGCGAGGCGCAGCCAGGAAACAGACAAAAGCAUGAAGAGGAAAACCUGUGAAAGAGUGAAUGAUCACCUCCCCCCCGCCCCCGUGCUUCUGUUUUCUAUUUUUAUUCUUUUCCUUAUUUCCCUCUUCGGCUAACCACCCACUCUGCAGAAGGCAUCAUCACAGAAAGAGAAACUCUGAUAAACACCCUCAGUUAGCCUGUGAGGGCUCCCUUCCCUGCGUGCGUUAAAGGAGCACUUGCCCGCCUUUCUGGUUCCACUUUGCUCAGCAUGUCCAUCCCUAACUGCGCACUGAUUUUUGUCCAUUCUUUCAGUGGAUUCCUUAAUAGUGGUGAAAUUUGGUAAGCUCAUUUCAGUCAAAAUUCUGUUCAGUUCAGCAAACACUUACCAGAAACCCACUAGGUUCUAAAUUCUCUAUGCUGAGUGAGCAGUUGGCAGUGUUAAAAUUGUCUUUGCAAAUGUGAUCUAAAGAUUUUUUCAAAUAGUUUUCCAAAGAAGUGUGAAAUAUUCAUACAUUUUCAUGAAUACCAAACUGGCAGAUAGACUUCCUUAGUAAGUAAAGAUAAAGGAGUAAUUAACAAUAUUUAAUGUGUCUGGGCAUCCUCUGCUCAUUCUGGUUCUGUGUGCUUACACUUGUGUAUUUGAAUAUGCUGGGUAAGGAAAGUUAAAUGUUUUUCAAAUGCUUUUGAGUGAAGAAACAAUUGUGAGUAAUGUUUAUUGUGGCUUUAUAUAUGUUGAUAGUGACCCAGCCUAUCCAAACCAUAAUUUUAAAGUCAUUUUAAGUUUAAAAAAAAAAUCUUUAAAUUUUUGGUGUAUUGGGUUUUAGAAUCAGCUUAUAGUGUAAGAGCUCUGUGAUUCUUUGAAACUAUUUUUAAAUUGUAUUUUGAUUCUUAAGGCAAACGAGUAACUUGUUUGAUGCCAUGUGCUUGCCUGGACAUUGAUUCCCAAUUACACUAUUGCCGUCUGCA